CUCUUAGCUUAUAGGUUUAGGCUAUUGUAACGCUGAAUUGACCAGUAAUAUUACUGUGAGGUAGCCAACAUAACCCAUCAGUGCAGCACAUAUGGCAUGCUAUCACCCUCUGGUCCCUAUACAUUUGAUAAAGGACAUGGGUUAUGCAGCAAUAGGUCUUACCUCAAAUAGCCUAACCAAACAACUAUCACAGCAGCCUAUAAACAUACAGAUAUUAGCCCGACAUUGUGAUGUCAACGUGUAUCAUUGUAGGCAGCAGAUUAGCCUAAAUGGCAUGACAUGGAUAUAGUCUUUAUGGCAGAUCAUGUUCUAGGAAUUGUAUUCUAGUAAAAUGCAUUGUUAUACCAUUCUGCCUAUUCAUUUGCAUUGGUAUGUUUACAUCUGUUUGCAGCGUUUUCAUUCGCUGGACUGGGCUCACUCAGUUCACACCUAGAGAUGUAACAUAACACUUUGUAUUUCGACACCACUGCUGCUCUCGUAUUGCCCAUGAUACAUUAGAGAAUACGAUUGUAAUCUCUUCGUAAUCUGAAGACAGACGCUAAAUCCCUCUAUUUAAAUUGCUUUAAACCUAUUAAUAGCCUCGCUCUCAGAUGAGAGCAUCAUAGCCGACAAAACAUCGUAAUAUUCCUCGAUUAGAACGAGGUGACUCCCAAGGCGAACGGUAUUCGGUCCGUCCACCUAUGGUCUGGCAGGUUUUUGACCAAGGCUACGGAUAAAAUGUGGGAUGAAGUUGUUCGGUCUGCGCCGGUUAAGUAUGGCGCUGUCAUAGCGGUCACAGUGAUCUGCGUUGUUCUGUUGAGGAAAUGGAUUGCUGGGGGUGUGUGUCAAUCUUCAGUCCAAUUACGUGGCAAGACGGUGUUGGUCACCGGUGCCAACACCGGCAUUGGCAAGGAAACGUGCCAUAACAUGGCACGUAGAGGGGCGCGGGUGGUGAUGGCAUGCCGGGACCUGACACGGGCUGCGAGGGCGGCGGAUGAGAUUCGUCAGGCCACAGGGAACAGCAACAUCGUAGUGCGGCACCUGGACCUGGCCUCUAUGUACUCUGUCAGAGAGUUGGCCAAAGAGUUCAUUGCCAGUGAGGAUCGCCUAGAUAUACUCAUCAACAACGCUGGUGUGAUGAUGUGCCCUAAGUGGCUAACAGAGGACGGCUUCGAGACACAACUGGCUGUCAAUCACCUCGGACACUUUCUACUGACCAAUCUCCUUCUGGGGAAGCUCAAGAGCUCCGCCCCUAGCCGUGUGGUCAAUGUGUCUAGCAUUGCCCACAAAGGGGGUAAGAUCCAGUUUGAUGAUCUUUUCUUUGCCAAGAGGCCAUACAACUCCCUGGUCAGUUACAGGCAGAGCAAGCUGGCCAACGUGCUAUUCUCCAGAGAGCUGGCCAGAAGGUUGAAAGGUACGGGGGUGACGUCCUACAGCCUGCAUCCCGGGGUGAUCAGGACAGAGCUGACUCGUCACGUGGAGACCUGGUUCCCCAUGCUGAGGGCCAUCCUGUCAGCCCCCUCCGUGCUCCUCAUGAAGACCCCCACCCAGGGUGCCCAGACCUCCAUCUACUGUGCUGUCACCCCAGGACUGGAGCACAAGUCUGGCAGCUACUUCAGUGACUGUGCCAUGACGGAGACCGCCCCAGGGGGGAGGGAUGAUGCGGUGGCCAAGAGGCUUUGGAAGGAGAGUGCCCGUCUGGUGGGUUACAUAGAGAAAGACUGAACAACCCCUCCAUAUGAAAACUAUAGAGAAAGACUGUACAACCCCCUCCAUCUGAAAACUAUAGAGAAAGACUGUACAACCCCCUCCACCUUCAAAAUAUAGAGAAAGACUGUACAACCCCCUCCAUCUGAAAACUAUAGAGAAAGACUGAGCAACCCCCUCCACCUUCAAACUAUAGAGAAAGACUGAGCAACCCCCUCCACCUUCAAACUAUAGAGAAAGACUGAGCAACCCCCUCCACCUUCAAACUAUAGAGAAAGACUGUACAACCCCCUCCAUCUGAAAACUAUAUAGAAAGACUGUACAACCCCCUCCAUCUGAAAACUAUAGAGAAAGACUGAACAACCCCCUCCAUCUGAAAACUAUAGAGAAAGACUGUACAACCCCCUCCAUCUGAAAACUAUAGAGAAAGACUGAACAACCCCCUACAUCUGAAAACUAUAGAGAAAGACUGAACAACCCCCUACAUCUGAAAACUAUAGAGAAAGACUGAACAACCCCCUACAUCUGAAAACUAUAGAGAAAAACUGUACAACCCCCUACAUCUGAAAACUAUAGAGAAAGACUGAACAACCCCCUACAUCUGAAAACUAUAGAGAAAAACUGUACAACCCCCUCCACCUUCAAACCAUAGAGAAAGACUGAACAACCCCCUCCAUCUGAAAACUGGGAACUCAUGAACUAAGGACAGCCCCAACCCUCUCUGACAAACAGCAUCAACAGAUUGGACGACUGGUACCAAGGAAUCCUCAAGCCUCUCUUCUCUGACCUCUCAAUAUAAAAUGACCUGUAAGGAGUCUUCAAAAAUACAUGCAUGUGUGAUGUGUAGUUACCAGGUUGGGGCGUCCAUGCUUACCUUGGAGAUUGCAGACUGAAAGACUAACAGACCUGUAGGAACUCAACUCAGGACAAAAAGUCCUUUCACCUCACUAUGCUGGAGAUCAGAUAUCCAACUAAUUAUUUGGAGCAUCCAUCGCCAGUCAUUCUUGUAGAAUUCUGACCCCUGUUAACAGGGGCGUCAUGUACCCCAAAAAUCUGAGGUUUAACAGGGGCGUCAUGUACCCCAAAAAUCUGAGGUUUAACAGGGGCGUCAUAUACCCCAAAAAUCUGAGGUUUAACAGGGGCGUCAUGUACCCCAAAAAUCUGAGGUUUAACAGGGGCGUCAUAUACCCCAAAAAUCUGAGGUUUAACAGGGGCGUCAUGUACCCCAAAAAUCUGAGGUUUAACAGGGGCGUCAUGUACCCCAAAAAUCUGAGGUUUAACAGGGGCUUCAUGUACCCCAAAAAUCUGAGGUUUAACAGGGGCGUCAUAUACCCCAAAAAUCUGAGGUUUAACAGGGGCGUCAUGUACCCCAAAAAUCUGAGGUUUAACAGGGGCGUCAUGUACCCCAAAAAAUCUGAGUGUGCACAAAGUAUGUGAGGAUGGCUGGAGGAGUGGUUGGAUAAUUUAGCAAUUUUCAAACACCUGAAAAAGCUUUUUCCUGCAAUCUAGAGCCAUGAUCAUUAUGCUUAAUUUUAUGUGAAACAUAUGUAUAUUUUUCUGCAUAUUUAAGCAUACUUUUUGAACUGUCUGUAUCCAACUGAUUGGUGGUUCUUUGUUUCAAUAAAUGAAAUAUUCAUCUCUACAUCUCUGCUAAAAAUCUGGGUAAAAGAUUGAAAGGAAUGUGAGUCUUAUUCAGUACAUUGAAUAAUUCCUCACUUUUCUAAAGUCUACCAACCUUGCCAGCAUACAUGCCAGCUAAGAUAGUUAGACAAGCUAGCUACUCUAACUUGUUUGAUAGCCUUGUUUAUAGCUAGUUAUGAGGUUGGGAGAUUGGGAACCAAUCUGGGCUAGCUAAAGCCAACUUCAUAAAAUUGCUAGGAGGCUAUUUCUUUUUUUAGUUGUAAAAACAGGACACAUCUGAGGGGGCACGUGCCCCUGCGCCCCCUAUGGGCAUUAUGCCUCUGCGCCCCCUAUGGGCACGUGCCCCUGCGCCCCCUAUGGGCAUUAUGCCUCUGCCUGAUAAUAUGAAUGUAAAAACAGGACACAUCUGAGGGGGCACGUGGCCCUGCGCCCCCUAUGGGCAUUAUGCCUCUGCUGAUAAUAUGAAUGUAAAAACAGGACACAUCUGAGGGGGCACGUGCCCCUGCGCCCCCUAUGGGCAUUAUGCCUCUGCCUGAUAAUAUGAAUGUAAAAACAGGACACAUCUGAGGGGGCACGUGCCCCUGCGCCCCCUAUGGGCAUUAUGCCUCUGCUGAUAAUAUGAAUGUAAGUUUAACACUUUAGAGUGUCAUGUUUAUGAAAUAAGCAGAUAAAUAGUAUAUUUCAUCAUUAGAGAUUGCAGGUAAUUAUUGCCAAGUAUUCACCUGGUUAUUUCCUGAGGGCACUGUAAAAGCAUGUUUAUACUAAAUGUUCUCUGUAAAGAGUAGUUGUCUUUUGGAAUUCACUCCUGAAAUGGGAAACUACUGAUGGUCAUUCUGUUUCUCAAGGAAGGAUCAUCUUCAAGGUAAUUUUGCAAAGUAGCAACAAUGACGAUCUCAAAUAAAAUGUAAGCUUUG